CAAUGGCAUCGAAAACUUGCGGAAUAAAUAUCUGUAAUCCCAUAUAAAAGACAAAGGGGGAAGCAUCCGGCCGGUUCACAUUUGCACUGCCUUAAAAACAAACAAGAGUAUUGCAAAACCUACAUUUUACCACUAUACAAGUCUAUCCAAUCCACAAACUACACAAAUGCCAGCACCAAAGAACCCCUCUCACGCCGGCUCUGGCGGAUAUCCCUACGGCGAACAGGAACCCACUCUCGCCGUCGAACGCGAAGACCCCGGCCUUAUUGGCUCCUUUGACAGGGAAUUCAAGGAUGAGGCAGAAACAGGUGAACAUCCCAACGACUUUGGAACAGGACAAAACAGGGGAUUUGCUAGUGAGAAUUAUCCCCAUGAGAAACAUGAGGAGAUUUCAAGGAAGGGUGGCCAUAAUUCAUCCAAAGGGACGGCCAAACCGACUCCCAACCCGCACGAAAACUUGGACAACGUCCGAGAAUAGAGGAGGAUGAUCGGGUUGAAUGACGAGGGUUGAAGUUUCUUGUAUAAAAGUGUUUUUUUUUUUUUUUUUUGGCGGGCAGGUCUUAAAUAAAAAGUGUUGG